CAAGAGUAAACAAACAUGGCGGAUCUUAAUGUCUGUCCAAUGCUAACUGCGGGGUCAAACGCCCAUAACAGCAUUAAUGUCUCCCCUAAUACGGCUUCUGGUGCUGAUAAAGUAAUAAACAGUCUAACUGAUAAUUCCCAGGUUAAAGGAGCAAAGAGUGACGAGGACUUCCUGAAGGGCCUCCUCAGUGACGCGUACUGCCACGUCUGCUCCUCUCAGCUGAUGUCUGAAUCUCACCGACUGGCUCACUAUGAGGGGAAAAAACACGCACAGAAAGUCAAAGUCUUCCUUGAAGCUGCGAGAGCAGAGACCACCACAGGAGCCAAACACACCAUGCUCAGUGAUAAAAACCGUUUCUGCGAGCUGUGUAACAUGGUGUUUAGUUCGAACGUGGUGGCAAAGUCGCACUAUGAAGGCAAAGUCCACGCUAAGAAUCUCCGUAAACAAAGUCAACCAUCAGACAAGAACUCACAAGUUCAGGAUCACAGAAACACGGUACAGAAACCGGUCCAAGAGGAAAACAAGGAGCUUCAGCUGGAUCCAGCACCCGCCCCAGCUUCCUGUGACACCGAGGUGGACCUGAAAGAUCCCAACAAGUACUGUCCGUUGUGUGCUGCCUCCUUCAACAAUUCACAGAUGGCUCUGCAGCACUACAACGGACGCAAACACCACAGGAACCAGUCCAGACAGGCGCUGCUCAAACAACUGGGAGACGAUGUUCAACAAGCCACCUCCUUUAUGUGUCACAUUUGUGGUGUGAAAUUAGGCUCUGUGGAGAUUUACCAGGCUCACCUGCAGGGAAACAAACAUCAGACCAGGAAGAAGAAGAUCAGCGAUCUUUGCAAAUCCCAACCUAAAGUCUACAGCACAUUUGCUGAUGAGCUGGCAGAUUACAUUGAAGUGCAGAAGGCACGGGGGGUCACCCCCAGGACCAAUCUAAUUCUUCCUCAAGAAGGCAAACAAAAGGACAACGAAGAAGACCGAGAGGUAGAACAAGAGGAAUUAAUAAAGAGGAACUGGCAAGAAAGUUCUCAAUAUACACUUAACCCCGUAAACCACCACCACUCUCAUCAUCAUCCUGGGUUUGGAACAGAACAUCCUUUAUAUCUGGGUCCAGUGGGGCACUCCCAGAGCUCCAACUACACCUGCCCUCUAUUUUCCAGUUUCCCACAGUUCUCCAGUCAUCCCCCAACCAGGGAGCAACACAGGAGACUCUCAGUGUCCCCCCCUUACAGCACUUCAUCAUAUUCCUCUUACAGCUCCCACACGAGUGAAAGUGAUGAAGAGAAACACAGACCCAGAGGAAAGAGGAGAAUUAAAAGACUAAAGAGAGAUGGAGGUGGAGACGAGGAGACAGAGACGAAGGGGAGGAGGAGGAAACGCCGGAGGAGAGAGAGAGACUCUGAGGAGAAGGAAAGAGAACCGUCUUUAGAGUCGGAGGAGGAAGAGCAGAAGAAGACACUGAAAAGUCACAGAUGUAAAGAAAACGAAAGUCAGACGGGCAAAGAAAAGACAGAGAGAGAGACAUUAGAACCAGAGCACAUGAUGGGAAAUAGAGAAGAAACUCGGCUAAAUACACAGACUGACAUGAACACUGACCAGAGCGGGAAUGAUAAGCCGGUUAAAUCUAAACCAAAGAAGGAGAAAAAGAGAAGCAAAGAGAAAGCAGACACAAGGACAGAGGAGGAGAAGCUGUGGGACGACUCUAUUCUGGGCUGGUGAUCUCACAUAAACUAAACCAGGACCACUCACUUUAUUUAUGUAGCCUUGUAGCUAUUAAAGGGGACAUAUCAUGCAAAAUUCACUUUUAUAGCCGGUAAAUACAUUUUCUUGUCUACUCUUAGUCUCUCUCGGUGUUGUGUAGAUAUCUUUAUAUUCUGUUCACAUUCCUUAAUUUUCCAUGACGUUUUCUAACUGUUGUGUCAAAUUAUUUGCGAUGGAACUUCUAAAUGAGGUCUGGACUUACCAACUACAAUUUCAUCUUCAUUCUCCUCUGG